AUGGCGGCGGCAGGCCACAUUUCCUCCGAAUUUAACAGGUUACGCGAUGCUAGCUGGCUCUCAACAGGCUAUACGUUAGGCCUCUGUGCUGCGCAGCCAAUGUAUGGAAAACUGAGUGAUAUAUACGGACGCAAGCCAAUAUUGCUGCUCUCAUAUCUGUUAUUCGCAGUGGGCUGUAUAAUGAGUGGCCUCGGGAUCCAUAUGUGGGUAGUGAUUCUUGGUCGUGCGGUCAGCGGAAUGGGUGGUGCGGGAAUCAUGACCAUGAGCUCCAUUAUCAUUACCGAUAUCGUGCCUAAGCGCGAGGUCGCUACUUGGAGAGCGUAUGUGAAUAUCGCCAUGACACUUGGACGUAGUCUUGGAGGUCCGCUGGGUGGUUGGCUGAGCGAUACUAUCGGAUGGAGAUGGUCGUUUAUUCUACAAGCUCCCUUCCUCGCUCUGGCUGCAGUUCUCGUGAUUGUGAAGCUGAACGUCGGUGGGAAAACACACUCCAAGGAAAACAAACUCGCCAAAGUCGAUUUCCUCGGAACAGCACUGCUAGGCUCAUCCAUUGUCGCGACAACCACAGUCCUCGACCAAGGCGGCAAGUCCUUCCCAUGGAGCUCAUGGUGGACAGUCCUCUUAGCAAGCAAUGGAGUAUUACUCCUGAUCGCCUUCGUGCUCGUGGAAGCCUACGUUGCCGGCGAACCAAUCUUCAAUCUCCGCAUUCUCCGGCGCACAAACGUAUCAAUGGCAUACAUCAUCGGCGCACUCCAGAUCGCCGCGCAGCUGGGAAUGAUGUUCUCUGUCCCACUUUAUUUCCAAGUAACACAGCGCGCAUCGACGACAGCAGCGGGCGCACAUCUCAUUCCAGCAGUGAUAGGAAACACCCUCGGCGGAUUACUUGCGGGAACACUUAUCCGGCGCACAGGACAGUUCAAAGUUCUCCUGGUCGUCGCCGGCCUGGUUGCCGGCAUUUCCUACCUCCUCCUUUAUCUCUUCUGGGAUGGGCACAGCGGCUUCUGGGAGUCGCUGUUUAUUCUUCCUGGUGGUUUUGGCACGGGAAUUGCAUCAGCAUCAUCAUUUAUUGCCAUGUCUGCUAUGCUGCCGGCUGAGGAAAUAGCCAUGGCGACGGCAGGAUAUAUGCUUAUUGUCGGAUUCUCAAUAACGGCUGGUGUUACUGCAUCCAAUUCCGUUCUGGGAAUGGGGUUCCAGCGGCAGCUGAGGCUAAAUAUUCACGGGCCUGGCUCUGAGAAGCUUAUUCAACGUGCUAUGGCCGAUACCAAUUAUAUCGCGCACUUAAGUGGCCAUCUGCGGGAGAUUGUGGUAACUUGUUAUGUCUCGGGACUUAAACAUACAUAUCUUGUUUCCCUUGGUUGUUCACUUUUGGCGUCAUUCGGCGGCUUGUUUAUUGCACGCCAUCAAAUCUAG